CACAUUCCCUCUGCCAGUGAACAUGUCUUCAAAGGCUGUGAUCAUCGCUGCCCUGAUAAUGGGGGCACUUGCUGAUUCAGUGCCCAGAUACAGCCCUCCUACUCCGUCCUACAGCCCCACAACUCCUGCUUACAACCCACCAACUCCUGCCUAUAAUCCCCCAGCUCCUGCUUAUAAUCCUCCUGCUCCUGCCUACAACGCACCCGCUCCUUCGGGUCCCGCGCAGUACGACUUCAAUUAUGCUGUGAAAGAUGACUAUUCCGGCAACGACUUCGGUCACCAGGAGGCCCGUGACGGAUACGACACACAGGGGACUUUCUACGUCCAGCUCCCCGACGGCCGCCUACAGACAGUCACCUAUAACGUGAACGGCGACUCCGGUUUCCUGGCCGAUGUGGCGUACCAGGGAGAGGCUCAGUACCCGGCCCAAGAGCCUUCUAGGUCCUAUCAACCCGCUCCUUCUCCAUCCUACCAGCCUGCUCCCACCCCUGUUUAUGGAUAAACACGAGUUGUUCAUUGUGCUUAAAUAUUCACCUCUGCACCAUUUUGUUUGAAUAAACUGAAACUUGAA